CAGCGUCUCCCACCCGUCAACCAGGCUCCUUGGAAUCUUCAUUCUGACUCGGCAAGUUCGGCCCCGACGGAACCUUAGAGCCCAAAUGUUGCCCGACAGCAGGAAGCGGGGACGAAGCUGUAACGAUGUCUCCCUGGUCCCGCAGUCCAAGAGGAGCAACAGGAACUCGGGGCUCCAGGAGUGGGAAACGGAGUCUUCAGGCAGCGACACCGGCAGCAACGGCAGCUCCUGCAGAAGCCACGGGGCAAAGGACACACAGACCGUAGGAGACGACGCCAUCCCGGAGCAGUCUGCGCUUAAUGACGGACAUUACGUCUACAUCAACCAAAUCCUGAAGGAGGCGCACUUCUCCAGCCUACAGCACCGCGGCUGCCUCACCUACUAGGGAGCCGCCGGACGCCGACCGCCAUCACCGCGACCUACAAAACAUCCAAAAAGCCGCUGCACAAACCGACUGCCUUCCCUCCUGCGUUAUUCCGGCCGUCACAGACACUUUUACAGGAACGUUUGUUUUCUUUGGUUUGCUUUCGAACGGGUCGUGUGGUUUAAAUGCAAGAACGGGCAGUAAGGACUUUUUUUGGAGUCCGAAGUAACAUCCUGCUCGGUUUAAUUUAACCACAUUGUACAUUUUAUUCCCUUUGUUGUAACUGGAAGGUGAAUAAAGAUCGCACUUUUGGGUUAACGUA